UUUGCACCAGUGUAUGUCCUGCGGCCGCCUCAAUCGUUGAUGCUAUUGUGAUCAGAAGCCAUCCAACUUCAGUUGUAACUGUCGUGUUUCCUCUGAUUAGUUCAUACAGCAUCUGUUAGUAAAUCACUUGGUAUUCCUGCAGUGAUUAACACAUAUGCACUUAUAAUCUGUCUAACUUCAGAGAAAAUAUAAGCUAUGGAGGCUCCGACCUGUGGUUUGUGGGGCGCCGUGUUGAACCUCCCCGGGAGGCUCGACGGGGUCCUCCUUCGCCAUGGCAGCAUUCUUCCCAAGGGUGCCGAGGAGGAGAUACCGCUCAUCAAGCGAGAUCUCCAUCUUAUGAUCUCCAUACUCAAUGGCUAUUACAGCGAGUCGCCGGAGCUGGAGGAUGCCACGGCGACGACGGUGGCGAGGAGGAGGUGCUGGACGAAGGAGGUGCGCGAGCUGUCCUACGACAUCGAGGACUGCAUCGACCACUACGAGCACGCUGCCACCGCCGGUUCAGCGGGCGGUCGAACCGCCAGCGGCGGGAUUCCUCCUCGCCGUAAGAUCACCAGGCGGCGGUGGCAGCGUACGACUCCUCUCUGGAUUCCAGAGAGGCUGAAGCAGCGGUUAUGGAUGGCUAACAAGAUCAGAGAAUUCAGCCUACGUGCCCAGGACGCGCUCAAACGCCAUGCCAUGUUCUGCAGCAGCGUCGGUGGCAAUGGCAUAGCCACCAGUACUGCUUCUUCCUCUACUGCCGCUACAGGUGACGCAUCGUCUUCUUCUUCUACCAUAUGUUGGCACACCACGCGGUUCAGGGAACGCGACUUCUGCGUCCCUCAUGUCGGUAUCAACGUCGCCAUGAACAAGCUCGAAGACUGGCUCACUGCGUGUGAUGAUGAAGAUCAGAAGAGGCUGAGGGUGGUGUCCAUUGUAGGAGUCGGAGGAAUAGGCAAGACCACGCUCGCCAACGAGCUGUACCGCAAGCUUCGGCGGCAGUUCGAAUGCUGGGCAUUUGUGCGUUCCUCCCAGAAGCCUGAUGUAAGGAGGAUUCUCAUCAGCAUCCUCUCACAGCUGCGCUUGCAGCAGCCACCUGAAAGUUGGAAGGUUCAUAGCCUAAUUUCCAGUAUUAGGGCGCAUCUGCAGGAUAAGAGGUACUUGAUCAUAGUUGAUGAUAUAUGUUUUAUAUCAACAUGGGAUAUUAUUAAGUGUGCUUUACCAGAUGGUACAAGUAGCAGCAGAGUACUAACAACGACACAAUAUGAUGAUCUAGCAGUCCAAUCAUGUGGUUAUGACACCAAGUAUGUUUUCAAGAUGAAAUCUCUUUCUCAACACGACUCAAGAUAUUUAUUUUUCAAUACAGUUUCUGGCAGUCGCUUUAUUUAUUCUCCAGGAUCCACUGAAGUUUCAGAUGAUAUUAUAAGGAAAUGUGGUAGUUUGCCACUAGCUAUUGUAUCUAUUACCAGUAUUCUAGAGAAGUCGAGGAAAAUGGAGCAAUGGGGUUAUGUAAACAAAUCCUUAGGCUACAAUUUGAUGAAAAACCCUACCUUGGAGGGGAUAAAACAAGUGUUGGACCUUAGUUACAAUAAUCUUUCUGAGCAUUUGAAGCCAUGUGUGCUGUAUCUUAGUAUAUAUCAAGAGGACUACUUAAUUUGUAAGGAUGAUUUGGUGAAUCAAUGGUUGGCUGAAGGGCUUAUCUGUGCAACAAAAGAUCACACUAAGGAAGAAAUUUCAGAGGCCUGUUUUGGUGAGCUUGUCAGUAGUAAAAUGAUCCAACCAGUACAUAUUGAUGGCAAUGGUGACGUUAUGUCCUUCGUUAUUCAACAUAUGGUACUCAAUUUUAUUAGUUACAAGUCUAUAGAAGAGAACUUCGUCACUGUAAUACAUCAUUCUCAGACAGCUACCAAACUUUCUGACAAGGUUCGUCGAUUGUCUCUUCACUUUGGUAAUGUUAAAGAUGCAAAGUUACCAAUAAAUAUGAGACUUUCACAAGUUCGAACACUUGCCUUCUUUGGGGCCUACAAGUAUUGGUGGCGUUCAAUCAAAGAUCAAUUCCCACUUCUCCAAGUUCUUAUCCUUCAUUUUUGGCAUGAUGAGGAUAUUAUCAGUUUUGACCUCACUAUAAUUUCACAGCUUUUUCGACUGAAAUAUUUAAAGAUCACAUCUGAUGUUACUUUAGAACUGCAAACCAAGACAAGAGGCCUGCAAUGUUUGGAAACACUUAAGAUAGAUGCAAGAAUAAGUACAGCUCCAUUAGACACAACUCAUUUGUCGGGUUUACUCCAUCUGAGUCUUCCUGCUGAUACAAACUUGGCCAAUGGAAUUGGCCACAUGACAUCGCUUCACACAUUUGGGUAUUUUGAUCUCAGCUAUAACUCUGUAGAGAACGUGCUUAGCCUUGGCAAGCUGACCAAUCUCCGAAAUCUUCAGCUCACUUGUUCCACCAUACGACCUAACAGUCUGGAGAUUAAAUUGCAGUGCCUGGGUUUCAUUCUUCAAAAACUCAGCAACCUCAAGUCUGUAACUAUGUCAACUGCAGGCUCCUCUUGUGUAAAUUCUACUGAUGCGAGUUCUGCAAACGUUAGCGUUAGAAUUUCUGGUGAUGGCUUGAGCAGCAUGUCCUCUCCCCCGGCACUUGUUGAGAGGCUUGAGUUGUUGCCACGAAUUUGCAUAUUCUCCUACCUCCCGAAGUGGAUCAGUCUACUCAGCAAGCUCCGUAUUUUGAAGAUUGGGGUAAGGGAACUAGUGAGAAAUGAUAUUGAUGUUCUCAUGGGAUUGCGUGCUCUCACUGAUCUCUCGCUACAUGUCCACACCAAGCCUACAGAAAUUAUUUUCUUUGGCGGUAUAGGAUUCAAGGCUCUCAAGUACUUAAAGAUCAAUUGCUGUGUAGCUUGGUUGAAAUUUGAUAUGGGUGCAAUGCAUAGUCUCUAUAAGCUCAAGCUUGGUUAUAAUGUCGAUGGAGUUGAUCAAGAAAGUACGAUACCAGUUGGCAUUCAGUACUUAUAUGGCCUCAAAGAGAUCUCCGUAAAAAUUGGUGGUGCUGAUCCUGAGAAAUACGACAGAAGGGCUGAAGAGUUGGCGUUCAUGAUCGACUCAGGUCUGCAUGACAGAUGCAUGAGCAUCACUUUACAAUGCGUGAGGCAGAUGUUUGAUUUCAACGAAGAUAAGAGUAGCCUGACACAUGAAGAACAAAGGAAAUUGAAACAACAGGAGAUCCUGGAGGAUGACUCUGACGAAGAAUAUGACGAAAUUAUUCAGGACUCUGGGGAGCAAGAAGUGAAACAGUCAACCUUAUCUGAAUGGGACAUUGUGCACCUGUUGAGAAACAAGCUGAACAACCAGCAGGAUGGCACGACGUGCCAUUUCCCCGUUGUCGCCUCCUACUAUGUUGACACGUGUCAGCUCACAGCUAUGGGUGCCGGGGCUGGGGAGCCGUGGUUCUACUUCCGCCACCAUGAGAGAUGGAUGCACCGGAUGGACCGGAGCACACCAUCAGGGUAUUGGAAGACCGCAGGCAAAGCCAGUUUCGUGUACUCUGCAGAUAGACAUCCCGUCGGAUUGAAGAAGAGCAUGUUGUUCUACCGCGGCCCCGAGCCGUCGGGGCGCAAAACCAAGUGGAAGAUCGACGAGUUUUGGGCACUUGACAACGCCGCCAAUGGGUCUGGGGAGCUUUUGGCGCAGUUGUGCCGCUCACGGCAAAACGUUGGUCUCAUGCCGAGGUUCCCUCUCAGCUUGUGUCGGCUGUACAGUACAAAAUCGAGCUCAGAGCGCCAUGUCCUAGCCACCAGUAGCGAUGAAAUCUCCGAGGACGAAUCCGACUAGAUGAGCGUGCUGGAGCUAGCCUUGACGGCGCGGUUGUUCUAGAACUGCCAUUUGCAUGGUUUAGAGGAACAUUUCACUCGUAUUACAGGAUUUAUUUUUUUUAGAUCCAGGGCAAGGGCCCCCAUUUUCAUUACUAGAAAUGAACAAAGCUACAAGGUUCGAGUGAAAGCACCAAAAGAGGAAUGGUUUUGUAGCAUAACAGAUAGAGGCGGCAGCACACCAGCUGCAAAUGUCUAACUAGGAUAGACAAAAGCCGAAGAAGAGCACCACUUUCAAGCACAAAAGCCUAAAGCAGAAACGCCAGCGCACACAGUCAAGAUAGCAGCAGCAAACUUCAGCGCCAUCAUUUCUUCACUAUCCUAUUCUUCUGGCAUCAGCUCGCCACCUAAACUUGGAGUUGAAGAUGUCACUUGCCACUUGUCUUAUGAGCUUGGCACCCAAGAGCAGCCUUCUUUGAUCUGUCUCCGAUUUCUGCAAAACAGCCCAAGUUUAUAACCAACUAGGAAGUUGGUCCGCGCGCAUGCACGGGCACUUAUAUUAUUGAAAGGUAAAAUUAUUGUUUGUUCAAAAAAUUUGUCUAAUAGAUUAAGGGCAAACUAAAGAUUGGAUAAUGUUAUUUAAUAAUAAUUUAAGGGUCUAUUUUUCUUAAGGUA